AUGGCCGCAAACCUUUCAGAUGACAACGUGCUGUAUGAAAUAGUUGCUCCACUGUUGGAUAUCAUGGGGAAGUCAAGAUUUUACCUUGGUGAAGUUGGAUAUCGAGCUGCAAUGAAGCUUGUGGUCAAUAUGGUUAUGGGAAGUAUGAUGGCUUCCUUUUCUGAAGGAUCAGUACUUAGCGAGAAAGUUGGACUUGAUCCAAGUGUAUUAGUGGAGGUGAUCUCGCAGGGUGCUAUUAGUGCUCCAAUGUACGCUACGAAAGGUCCUUCAAUGGUUAAAUCUUUGUAUCCGACAAUGUUUCCUUUGAAGCAUCAGCAAAAGGGCCUUCGUCUAGCUCUGGGUUUGGCUGAAUCUGUUUCACAACCCACUCCAAUUGCUGCUGCAACUAAUGAACUUUACGAGGUUGCAAAAUCUCAUGGUCUCAGUGACCAGGACUUCUCUGCAGUAAUUGAAGCAUUGAAAGUGAAAUUGCAAUGCGAAACAUAAAAACAGGCUUUCCUGGUGACCUACGUUAUUUUCCUUCACAGUCACAAAGCUUGGGUGCAAUAUGUCCACCAUUAUACAGGAGAAAGCGGGUGAUGCAAUUGGAAAUGGUAUCAGAAAGUCAAUUUGAUCUUUAGUGUGAAUGCAAAUAAUUU